AUGGCCCUCACAUUUACUCCUAAUAACCCAAUUAUUCCCUUGAGACUUGGUAUAAAGCACGAUCCACCUACCCUAGCUUUAGUUUAUAAAAGAAAGCAGCAAGAUAUUAAAGAAAGAAUUUACUCAAUAGUUCUUAAUGGAUUAGUAGAGUUGAGCGAUCCAAAAAUAAUAGCUCUUAAACUGUUUGAAGAGCAUGCACUGAUUCUAAAUGAGAAUGUUAUAGAUAUCGAUUAGGUUGAAAAAUUAGUGGCAGAACUCUAAAAAAGAUACGAAGAAAAGAAAGCACUAUAGUAAUUUAGCAACCCAAUAACCAAAGACAUGAUUUCUCCAAUUCACACUUAUCAAUCAGCAAACAAAAAUCCAUACAACAUCUAGGAUAAUGACACUGAUAUGUUCUUGGAUAACACAUAAACAAAUCCUCUACAAAGCAAUAAUUUUCAUCAUGAGAAUAAUGAAUCUAUAUAAAACGAAUACAACGAUUAAAGUUAUUAGCAACAAAACCUAUAGUCAAACUUAUUAACUUUGUAAACUCCUGUUCAGAAUAAUAAUAAUAUCAGCAAUAAUAACAAUGUAAGCAACUCUAUAGUAGAUUAGUUCAAUUAAAAUCAGUUAAGCGAUGAUGGUGAGUUAUUUAGCUCAGGAUAUAAUCCCAGUUUUUCGACAAAAGCAGGUUCUGCUAGUGAGUAAAAAAGAUAGAAGGUAAAAAGUAAGAAUGAAAAAAAUAAAAUGAAUCUUGGCGCCACUCAUAAAAACUUAAAUGAAUUAAUUCAAGGAAGUUCAGAAAAUAACAUGCAGCAAUACAUAAACAGCCAUUACAACUACGGCUAAAGAAAAAAUAAUAACAAUGAGGCAAAUUAUUUAAAUGAAAAUAAUCUCGACAACGAGUUUAUAGAUGAGUAGCAGCUAUAUAAUAACAACAUCAAUAACGAUUACAAUGAAGAUUAUCAUGAUCUAAUGAAUGAAGAUAAUUACUUGUACUAAAAUAAUAACAACAAUUAUAACACCCAACACAUAUAAAUUCCUUAAAGCAUUCAAGGUAAUAGCAAUAACACCAAUUUUCCUAACAAGAAAAAUAACUAGAAUAAUUAAAUGUGGCCAUAAAACAAUACUCAAAACACAAUUUAUCCUUUUUAAAACAACAACAUGAAGGGAUACAUAGAUACGUAAAUGGAUUACCAAUAGAAUUUUAAUAAUUAUUAGGAUAAUUUUGCAAUUAAUAAUAAUUACUAAAACAACAAUGCAUAGUAUUAAAAUAAUCUGAAUAACUUUAACUAAGCAUCAAAUGCUCCCUUCUUUUCUAAAAGAUAAUCUUAAUCCAUGGGAAAUCAAUAAGCUUAUGAGCCUUAAUUUGAUAAUAACUCUAAAAAAAGAAGGAGUAAAUUAGGUGAAUUGAGGGAAUUAGCUAAUUAACACAGAGAUAUUAAUGGAAAUGUAAUUGAUGACUAACUUGAGGUUAUUUGA